GUCGCUGCGCUCAGGAGGAUGAAGUUUUCCGCGGCGGCGCUGAUGUGGUUCAUGUGGUUCCUCCUGAUUCUCAGGACUGAUGCUCAGGCCCAGGAGGACUUUGUCUCCUUGGCUGAGCUGGAGGAUUCUCUGCUGAGGAAUCUUUUCAGAGGUUACCAGAAGUGGGUGCGACCUGUCCAACAUGCCAACGACACUAUCACUGUACGCUUUGGACUCAAGAUCUCUCAGCUGGUGGAUGUGGAUGAAAAGAACCAACUGAUGACCACAAAUGUCUGGUUGUUUCAGGAGUGGACUGAUGUGAAGCUGAAGUGGAAUCCAGAAGACUAUGGAGGCAUUACUUCCAUUAGAGUGCCUUCAGAGACUAUAUGGCUGCCUGACAUCGUCCUGUAUGAAAAUGCUGAUGGUCGAUUUGAGGGUUCUUUGAUGACUAAAGCUAUUGUGCGAUGGGAUGGGACCAUAAUUUGGACCCCACCUGCCAGCUACAAAUCCUCCUGCACCAUGGAUGUCACUUUCUUCCCCUUUGACCGACAGAACUGCUCCAUGAAGUUUGGCUCCUGGACAUAUGAUGGAAACAUGGUAGAUCUGGUCCUGGUGGAUCAUUAUGUGGACCGUAAAGACUUCUUUGACAAUGGAGAAUGGGAGAUCCUCAAUGCUACAGGAGUAAAAGGGAGCAGAAGGGAUGGGGUUUACUGGUACCCAUUUGUUACAUACUCCUUCAUCCUGAAGAGGUUGCCGCUGUUCUACACCCUCUUCCUCAUCAUUCCCUGCUUGGGUCUGUCCUUUCUUACUGUGCUGGUCUUUUAUUUGCCAUCAGACGAAGGGGAGAAACUGUCACUUUCCACAUCUGUGUUGGUGUCGCUUACUGUAUUCCUCCUUGUCAUAGAAGAAAUCAUCCCUUCAUCCUCCAAGGUGAUUCCCCUGAUUGGAGAAUACCUGCUCUUCAUCAUGAUUUUUGUCACCUUCUCCAUCAUCGUCACCGUCUUUGUCAUCAACGUCCACCACCGCUCCUCUGCGACCUACCACCCAAUGGCCCCCUGGGUAAAAAGCCUCUUCCUUCAGAGACUGCCCAGAUUGCUAUGUAUGAGGGGCCACACUGACAGAUACCACUACCCAGAGAUCCACAGUCCAGACCUGAAGCCCCGCAGAGGUGUGGGAAGGAGAGGUGCUCCUGGGCAUGGCGGUGGCCAGCAGAGAGGUUCCAUCAGCGUGAAGGAGGAGGACAACCAGGCCUGGCUGGCCAUGCUGGAGAACGCCACAACUUCAGUUCGAUACAUCAGCCGCCACAUCAGAAAGGAACACUUCAUACGAGAGGUGGUUCAGGACUGGAAGUUUGUGGCCCAGGUGCUGGACAGAAUUUUCCUCUGGGCCUUCCUCACUGUGUCUAUAUUGGGGACUGUCCUCAUCUUCACUCCUGCUCUGCAGAUGUACCUCAGCAUGCCGUCAUAGACACACAGACCGGGGUCCCAC